AUAAAGCUUAUGCUCGAUUUCUUACGAAAUAUCCAACAAUAGGCAAACAGGUCAUUUAUAAAGGAUGUUUGGUCGAAAAUUUUUUUUCUUUGACUAUUCCUUUUUCUCUCAGUCCAGACUGAUCCCGAUUUUGGCUUAAUCCUAACUAUUCUCAGGCUGUGAUAUGUUAGAAAUUUUCCUGAGAAAUAGCUCAGUGGUUCGACUGUACUGUCUGUUUGGUCUAUUGAACUAGAUUUUGUUAACUAAACACGUAGACAAAAUAAACACAUCUCAAUUACAUUCUAUUGAAUUCUUAUAAUCACAAUCAGCUCUUGUCAAUACUCUUUUUACUAGAUUUUAAUGCUUUCGAACACUCGGCAUUUAGUAAAAAGUGAGUCUUCUACUAAUUAGAUAUCAGAACAAAAAAAAAACAAGACAUACAUGGCAUGAUUGAUAUACUUUAUUCAUUUAUAAAUGAAGCACUAGAAUUUCUGUAUAAAACACUCUAAAACAGCUGCUUAAACUCAUUUAACAUCAAACGUUCGUGGAAAUUCGUGAAAAAAUUUAUAGCAAUCAUGCUGACGUCCAAAGAUUAGCCUAGAUCGAAUCGAUCGAUCUGGAAUCCAUACCAAAACUAGACUGACGAGUUGUCACACUAUACAGUGAUAUUUGACAUAGUCGACUUUGAACAAAGUUUCAUUAUACAUUCUAUAUAAGAUACUGCGAGCAAAAACAAAGUUAAUAAGACACACCAAUAAUCGGUACCAGUUCCAUUACUGUUCCUAGUUUUAAUUCGAACGUUUGAUUGAUUGCUUUGUUCUCCACUUUUGUCCGACGCUCUUUAUAAAUAGUCCCAAAGUAAAGUUAAAUAUUUGGACGAUAAAAUUUCUUUUAAAUUCAUUUUAUUUAAUUAGGAAUAUGGUAUUCCACAACACUUUGGUCUCUUCUAUGCAAUGGGUAUUGGUUUGUUUAUGGAAGGUAUUCUAAGUUCAUGUUAUCAUGUAUGUCCAUCAAGACAAAAUUUUCAAUUUGAUACAAGUUUUAUGUUUAUAAUAGCGGUUUUGAAUCUAAUUAAAAUUUAUCAAACAAGACAUCCAGAUAUCAAUCCACGUUCAGCUGGUGUAUUUUCAUUUUUAGCUGUUAUUAUUUUUGUAACUGUUAUUGGAGUGGUCUGUUAA